AUGCGCGAAGUCAUCUCUAUCCACGUCGGACAGGCCGGUAUCCAAAUCGGUAACGCCUGCUGGGAGCUCUACUGCUUGGAGCACGGCAUCUCUCCCGAUGGUACCGUUGCCUCUGACAAGCAGGCUUCCCAGUUCGACUCGUCCUCGAGCACCUUCUUCUCCCAGACCUCUGCCGGCAAGCACGUUCCCCGUGCCAUCUUUGUCGAUCUCGAGGAGACCGUCAUCGAUGAGGUCCGCACCGGUACCUACCGCAACCUCUUCCACCCUGAGCAGUUGAUCAGCGGAAAGGAGGAUGCCGCCAACAACUACGCCCGUGGUCAUUACACCAUCGGCAAGGAGCUCGUCGACUCUGUCCUCGACCGCGUCCGCAAGCUCUCCGAUGCCUGCACUGGUCUCCAGGGCUUCUUGGUCUUCCACUCCUUCGGUGGUGGUACCGGUUCCGGUUUCGGUGCCUUGCUCUUGGAGCGUCUUUCCGUCGACUACGGCAAGAAGUCCAAGCUCGAGUUUGCUGUCUACCCCGCCCCCGAGAUGGCCACCUCCGUUGUUGAGCCCUACAACUCGAUCUUGACCACCCACACCACCCUCGAGCACACCGACUGCGCCUUCAUGGUCGAUAACGAGGCCAUCUACGACAUCUGCCGUCGCAACCUUGAUGUUACCCGUCCCUCGUACACCCAUCUUAACCGCAUGAUCGCCCAGGUCGUCUCCUCGAUCACCGCCUCGUUGCGUUUCGUUGGUUCGUUGAACGUCGAUUUGACCGAGUUCCAGACCAACUUGGUCCCCUACCCCCGUAUCCACUUCCCCUUGGUCACCUACGCCCCCAUCUUGUCCGCCAAGAAGGCCUUCCACGAGCAGUUGUCCGUCCAGGAGAUCACCUCUGCCUGUUUCGAGACCACCAACCAGAUGGUCAAGUGCGACCCCAAGAACGGAAAGUACAUGGCCUGCUGUCUCUUGUACCGUGGAGAUGUCAUCCCCAAGGAUGUCAGCGUCGCCAUUGCCAACAUCAAGACCAAGCGCACCAUCCAGUUCGUCGACUGGUGCCCCACCGGUUUCAAGGUCGGCAUCAACGACCAGCCUCCCUCCGUCGUCCCUGGCGGUGAGGUCGCCAAGGUCAGCCGUGCCGUCUGCAUGUUGUCCAACACCACCGCCAUUGCUGAGGCCUGGAACCGUCUUGACCACAAGUUCGAUCUCAUGUACGCCAAGCGUGCUUUCGUCCACUGGUACGUCGGUGAGGGUAUGGAGGAGGGUGAGUUCUCCGAGGCCCGUGAGGACUUGGCUGCCCUUGAGAAGGAUUACGAGGAGGUCUCCUCGGACUCUGCCAUCGACGAGGAGAUGGUUGAGGAGUACUAA